AUGUCCUCUGAUAGCGGCAAUGAAGAAGAAACUGACAGAGCCGGUAACCAACAAAAUCGCUGGCCCUCCAUUAUAUCAUCACUACUCAACAGUUCGCGUCCACAAAACGACAAGUCAGAAGAAGACGAAGAAGCAACGGCAGGAAAGAUAGAUGAAGAGCUUUCAUGUCCAAUAUGUCAAGAUUUGAUGAGAGAAGUGUAUGUCACCCACUGUGGCCACUCCUUUUGCCAUGAAUGCUUGACACUUCACUUGGAAAACGCAUCAGACUGUCCGAUAUGCCGCGCCCCACUAAGCAGAACCACUAUAUACCCAAAUUUUCAAUUGAAUAAGCUUGCAUCGUUUCGCAUUCGAUCCAUCAGAGAAAAGCAGCCAGUAAACCAGCAUUUGAAUCCAAUUGAGAGGCUCAUCAUUGAAAGCAAAAAGAGCAACGAGUCUAUAGCCAGGACGUUAGCCAAUGCACUCUCGUAUCAUGAUUUGAUUUCGGUUUUUGAGACAGCCAUUACACAAAGACAGCAGAUAGAAAAGGACGAAUCCAAGAUCAAGCAAGAGCUGCUCAAGGCAUUUUUAGAGAAAUUGGAGCAAAGGAACAAAGAUACUGUGCGUCGUCUGGAAACCGAGAACACAAGCAUACUAGCAGAUCUAAAGUCGAUAGAGCAAGAAAAAGAAGAUACGUCAACGCCGCCGAGAAAGAGAAAGAUAUCUCAAUUACUCAAUUCAGAUGAUAAUUCUGUCAACAGAAAUGAUAUAGGAUACACAGGAAGAGGAAGCAGCAGUGACGCAUACAGUGAGGAUGCAAUAGACGAUCGAGUCAAGGUGGAGCCUCUACUGAGUGCAGUGCAUGAUGAGGAGCAGUUACCAGUACAACGUCGUUUGAAUGAGAGAUUCAAUGAUCUGCGCAACAUGUAUCACAAACUUGUGUCGCCCAAUGACUAUAUCAAUAAGCGAAGAAAAGUCUUGAAUGACUUCUCGAUAUCCAUAUACGAACUGACGCGCUAUGAUCAAUUUGAAGAAGUAGACACCAUCGAUUACACUGACAGCUCGCGACAAGGCAGCUCCAUUGUCUCCACCAUUGGCUUUGACCGUGAUCAAGAGUUCUUUGCCGUGGGAGGUGUCAGCAAGGAGAUCAAGGUAUUUGAUUUCAACAUGAUGGGCUAUGCAAGAACGGGCCACUGUCCCUUACGUGUGCUGGGAUGCAGUAACAAGAUCAGUUGUCUCUCAUGGUCGCCCUAUGUCAAAUCGCAGUUGGCGUCGUCAGAUUAUGAAGGGCUCAUUGACAUUUGGGAUAGCUCCAAUGGACGCAAGGUACAAACAUUUACUGAGCAUAAGAAACGUGCCUGGAGCGUGAACUACUGUGAAACAAAUCCCACCAUUUUGGCAAGUGGCAGUGACGAUAGUACAGUCAAGGUAUGGUCAUUAUCCCACAACAAGGCGGUUCACACGUUGGAGCAAAAGGGGAAUGUAUGUUGCGCCAAAUUUGCACCAAACAAUAGCUACUAUUUGGCUGUGGGCAGCGCAGAUCACCACAUCUCUUGUUAUGACUUGAGAUUUCCAAAUCAUCCAAUGAGUCAAUACGUUGGUCAUAAGAAGGCGGUAUCCUAUGUGAAAUGGUUGAGUGAUAGCGAUAUAAUAUCAGCAUCAACAGACAGUACACUGAAGCUUUGGGAUCGAGAGUCUAGAAAAUGCCUCCGCAGUUUCGAGGGACAUCAAAAUGAAAAAAACUUUGUUGGUCUAAGCACAGAUGGAGACUGGAUCUCAUGUGGCAGUGAGUGCAACACGGUGUUUGCGUAUCACAAAAAUGCAACCAAACCCAUUGCAACAUACACAUUUCCAAGCAAUGAGGGUGAAGAUGAAAGCAUAUUCGUCAGUUCAGUUUGCUGGAAAAAAGAUACCAAAAAAUUAGUAGCGGCCAACAGCAAAGGCAUGAUCAAGGUGCUUUCUCUGAAAUGA